AUGGUUUUCGUGAAUGGGUUUUAUUAUUUGCACAACAAUGUAGUUUGUAUGCCAUUUUUGGUGAGGGUGCGUUACGCGUAUGUGUUUCACCGACUGCACAAUCGCGGAAAUGAAAGAAGUGAUGUCGGAACUAGGCGUGCGAAAACGGUUAUUAUCCACCUGAUUCGAAGCGUUGGAAACAGAAAUGUAUCGGAUACUGGAGGUCGACAAGUGCGGGUGUCACGCCGAUGGAAGUAA